UUAAGGUGACUGAUGAUUGAUUCAUGAUCCGUUUGUUGGUGAUCAGCUCUGAAACACGGAGCCCGACAAGCUUUUUUCUUUCAGUAACUUCAGCUCCUUUGUUAUCGCGCACGUGUUUAUGGCCCCACCCUCAGGAAGAACAAAAACAAUCAGAGCGAGCAGCUGUAAACAACCUGCUGUCACACUCGGAGACUUUCGGCUUUAUUUAAAAACUAGUCCGGUUUUAAUCUUGGAUAUUCUGCUGUCCUCGGGAAUCCCAGCAUCCUUUGGAUAUUUAGAAAACUUUGAAGAUUCGCAUCAACAGAAAAAUGAGGCGGAAAUGGCUGCUGGAGCUGAGCUGCAGUUUGCAGCCACCGUCUGCAGCCUGCUGUCACAGAUGGAUUCUCUCGAGGCUCUCCUCUGUUUGUCUCUAAUUGCUGCAUCUGUAGCUCUGCAGCAGGAUGUGCAGGCAAAGCUUAGAGAGAAUGCCACUCUUCAGUGUCAGAUUCCCAAACAUGAAACCAUCUCAGUGCUGAAGUGGAGCAGAGCUGACCUGAGCACAGACGGCUACGUCUACUUCUACAGGAACAGGCGCUCCUAUGAAAACUACCAGCAUCCAUCUUUCCACGGCCGAGUGAAGCUGAGGAACCCGGAGAUGAAGGACGGAGAUGUUUCUCUGAUCCUGAAGAACGUCACGUUUAAUGACACUGGGAUAUAUGAGUGUCACAUAGCAGUGAGGAACUCUGGGAGCAGUAACAGAGCUCACUCUGAAAUAAAUCACUUUAUCAACCUCACAGUCACAGGUGAAACACAUAAAAACAUGUUGGAGCAGAACGCCAACGAAGGAGAACAUUCAGAUGGAAACAUGAAUGAUGCUCUAGAAGUAGAAACAAUGACUGUUGUGAUGGUGCUUCCUGCUGUUGUUGCUGCUGCUGUUGUUGUUACUGGUGGUGUGGGGUUUUUGCUGAAAAACAACCCUUUUCAAGAUAGCAACCGCAUGGCUUGA